CUCUCUAUACUCCCCUCACUCCCCCCGACGUUCUUUCCACCUCCGGACAGGGUACACAGUCAAGAUGAUUCAAUUAAAGACAAUGCUCAACUGCAUCGACAACUCCGGCGCCGCCGUUGUCGAGUGCGUGAAUGUCCUGAAAAAGAAGCGCCCCGCCACCGUUGGUGACCGCAUUGUGGUCGUGGUCCAGAAGCAACGAAAUUUCGGCCCCGACAGCAGCAACAACGUCGGUAUCGCAAACAAGGUUCGCCGAGGAGACAUUCGCCAUGCCGUCGUCGUCCGCGCGGCCAAGGAAAUGCAGCGCCCGGAUGGUUCGAUCGUCAAGUUCGAUGACAAUGCCUGUGUUCUCGUCAACAAGUCCGGAGACCCCAUCGGAACAAGAAUGAACGGUGUCGUGGCUACGGAACUACGAGGACGACAGUGGUCGAAGAUCCUGUCGUUGGCGCCGAUGCAUGUGUAGGAUAUACCUUUUAUUUGGAAGCGAAUUGUUCUUAUAUUUAUCCCGUUUGUAGCAAUAGAAAUUUCUCUCUCUUUUCAAACUCCCCUUUUCUUUGCCCAAACAUCGCCAGAACUCCACAAAAAAAUGCUGCUUAACGGAACAAAAACCAAGAUCGGGUAUCAGGUACAUGACAUGUAGUAUGGCAAAUCGAGAAUUAGACGAAAACAUUGCCGCACGCGCAACAGACGUAGUAAAGUUUCUGGAAAGUAAGCGUCAGCCGAUACCUUCAUGGAUGCGGGGUGAACCGGCAUGAAGGCUUACCAUUCCCGUUUCUGCGGAACGCUGUUGCGACUGGAAGAAGACUGCAUCGGCUUCGCCGCAGCUCGGGCAGAGCUUGUUGGAACGAGGAAGCUAAGGAAAGAGUGGGUUAG